AUGCUGUCCCGAAAAGGCAUCAUCCCUGAGGAGUAUGUGCUGACGCGGCUAGCAGAGGACCCCACGGAGCCGCGGUACCGAGCCCGAGAGCGGAGGGCCCGCUUCGUGUCUAAGAACGGCAAUUGCAACGUAGCCCACAAGAACAUCCGAGAGCAGGGCCGAUUCCUGCAGGACGUAUUCACCACGCUGGUGGACCUCAAGUGGCCACACACGCUGCUUAUCUUUACCAUGUCCUUCCUGUGCAGCUGGCUGCUCUUUGCCAUGGUCUGGUGGCUCAUUGCCUUCGCUCACGGUGACCUGGCCCCUGACGAGGGCACUGUUGUGCCCUGUGUCACCAGCAUCCACUCUUUUUCCUCUGCCUUCCUUUUCUCCAUUGAGGUCCAGGUGACCAUUGGUUUUGGCGGGCGCAUGGUGACCGAGGAGUGCCCGCUGGCCAUCUUGAUCCUCAUUGUGCAGAACAUUGUGGGGCUCAUGAUCAAUGCCAUCAUGCUGGGCUGCAUCUUCAUGAAGACGGCCCAGGCCCAUCGGCGGGCCGAGACCCUCAUCUUCAGCAAGCACGCUGUCAUCGCGGUGCGCCACGGCCGCCUCUGCUUCAUGCUGCGCGUGGGUGACCUCCGCAAGAGCAUGAUCAUCAGUGCCACCAUCCACAUGCAGGUGGUGCGCAAGACCACCAGCCCCGAGGGCGAAGUGGUGCCCCUCCACCAGGUGGACAUCCCCAUGGAGAACGGUGUGGGUGGCAACAGCAUCUUCCUCGUGGCUCCUCUCAUCAUCUACCACGUCAUUGACGCCAACAGCCCACUCUACGACCUGGCGCCCACUGACCUGCACCACCACCAAGACCUCGAGAUCAUUGUUAUUUUGGAAGGUGUGGUGGAGACCACAGGCAUCACCACCCAGGCCCGCACCUCCUACUUGGCCGACGAGAUCCUCUGGGGCCAGCGCUUUGUACCCAUCGUGGCCGAGGAGGAUGGUCGCUACUCCGUGGACUAUUCCAAAUUUGGCAACACCAUCAAAGUGCCCACGCCGCUCUGCACGGCCCGCCAGCUUGAUGAGGACCGCAGUCUGCUGGACGCCCUGACCCUCGCCUCCGCCCGUGGCCCCCUGCGCAAGCGCAGCGUGGCUGUGGCCAAGACCAAACCCAAGUUCAGCAUCUCUCCGGAUUCCCUAUCCUGAGCCCUCGUCGCUCGGGCCCCCACACUGCUUGUGUGCACAGAGGCCGUGUGUAUGGUAUGUAGGGUGGGCGUGGUGUGGGCCCCUUGCCAGGCCAGGUCCUGGUGUGAGGCUGGGCCCUC